GAAUAUAUCAUCAUUCGGACUGGAUUGCUUCGGCCUGGUUUCUCUUGUUUUUGUGAAAUGAACUGACAGCAGCCGCGGGUCCGACGGCGAAACGGUGUGUGGCCUGAGCCAGACCCCACCAUUGCCAAACCAUGGAUGCCUGUGCCAGAAUCCGUGGUAUUCCGUAUAAGACCAGGGCGUCCUUCAGAAAAGAGAUCAUCUCCGAAAGUUUGGCUUUCUCCCUGAAGACUCUACUGAAGAGCAGGAAGGAGCUUUGCAAUGUGGUGCUUGAAUUGCAAGCCAAGGACCCAGUAUGUCUCACUGAGGUUCAUUUUGUAUGUCUGCCUAGUCUUUCUGAAGCAUUGGAAAUCCCAGUGCAGGCACAACCAUCCAUCCCUACUGACCUGUUAGACCUACUGAAAUCACUACAUGUGCAUAGUCUUAAGGAUGAAGAAGUUCUGCUGCUCAAAGAUGCAAAGAAGCUCACAGAAAGAAAAGACAGUAUUUCUCAGACCUCCUGGUCAAAAGCUAUUUGUAUUAUAAGGCAAUCGCCAGAACUUCGGAGAAGUAUUGGGAACACAAUAUUUGCUCUUCUGACUAAAUACACUACUGGGAUUAAAUACGCACUAGAGCUGCACUCCCUGCAGAAGACUCUGCCAGACAGCUGCCAAACAGAAGAUGAUGACACUAACCAGUCAGUGUCGUCCAUUGAGGAUGACUUUGUGACUGCUUUUGAACACUUAGAUGAAGAGGAAAUGGCAUUAUCUGAUCAUAUUGGCCACUACAAUCAAAGAAGUCAGCGUGAUGUUGCCUCCCAGACUGUUCCAUCACAUUGCAGAGAUACUGCAGGAUCAAGGAUCAUAAUUAGCUCUGUCUCCAAGAAGUCAUCUGCCAAGCCGGUCUAUUCUCCACCAGAAGGAUCAGUCUCACUCAAGGGUUUGAAGUCAACACUGACAUCAGAUCCUGACAGACAGAGAGGUUUCUAUAGACCAAGUAGUCCUCACAAAGGUCAAAUAGAUUUUGCUUUAAGUAGGAUUACUGCAUCACUUACAGAGUCUGAUGAGUCAGAAUGCUCUAGUCCAAGUCCCAUUAUCUUCUUGGAUGAAGAGGGUUAUCAGAAGAGUCUGAAAGCAAAACUAGACAUUCCCAAAAUUCCUGUCCUCAAAGAUGGGGUGGAGGAUUCGGAUUCUGAAGUGAGUGAAUUUUUUGACAGUUUUGAUCAGUUUGAUGAACUGGACCAAGCUCUUGCAAGCAAUUCCAAAAUAUUCAAAGAGCCAGCCUCUGCUAGCCAGACCCAGAAAAAGAAGUUUAUGAAGGACUAUGGUUGUAAUCAUGUGUCCAGGGAUGGUUCCAAAACAGCGGGCAUGAAUCCUCACAAAUUUGACCAACCAGUCCUCCCAGCUAACGUAAAAAAACCUACGCCCCUGAAACCAGAAUCACCAUACGGCAUUCAUUCUGAUGUUCCAGACUCUCCACGACCAGUGAGGGCCUCCUGUGAGGAGAGUGGAGCAUUAUUUAGUCCAGUCCGUUCAUCUGCUUUUAGUCCAUUGGGCUGUUGUAACACCUCUGAGUAUUUUUGGAAAGAUGAAGAUAACAAAGAACUGCGCAAGCCUCAAGACCUUUGCAAGCUAUAUAAAACAUACUCAGAUUAUGCGAGUAACCUAUCAGAAGAGAUUCUUGGCUCAGUUUAUGGUUAUACAUCUCCUGUGGACACAAAACUUAAUAAAAAUUUAAGCUGUGUUUGUCACAUGAAAUUUAAAAACACUAAUGGACAUCUUGUGAAACUCGCUGACAUCCAGCAGACUGUUACCAUAGCUAAGACACAACAAAAAUCACAAUCAUUGAAAGAUGGAAUACAAAAAUUUGCUACAGAUUUGGUGGAAAGGAGUCUUGGAAGUGCCUUUAGAGAUCUACAAAAAGGAGUUUCUUCCUGCACGACGACACUCUGCCAUCUUGCUGCUAGGCUGACUUCUUCAGUGUUUCAAAUGGCUUUUCAUGAGAUUGGCAUGAGACAUGCUUAUGUAUUAAAGGAACGAGCCAUAAAUGGGUUGGCAAGCUUUUUGGUUGGUGAGGCAGUAUCUGGGGCUCUGAAGGAGUUUCGCUAUGUGAAAAAGCAGAUUUUCAAUAACACAGUUGCCAGGUUUGCUGCAGAUCUCGCAGAAGAAUUGGUGUUUGAAGGGAUCAUGGAAGUGUGCCAGUUCUCACACCCCUCUACUCCACUUACCCCAAGUGAGUGGUCUUUUGAGCAAGAAGAAAAAGUGGUCACAUCAUAUGCUGCCGACCUCUCUGAAUCUGUACUUCAGGAAGCAUUCAUUGAAUUGUCCCAGGCAGAUGUCACCUUCACAACACAGGCAGCAAUCAGCGUAUCAGUGGAUAAUAUUAGGUAUGUGAGAGCUGAAAAUAUGGCACAGACCACAAAGACUUGUAAUGCAUCCACAAAUUAUUUUGGUCUGCCAGGUGCAACAGAUCAAAAUAUUUCAAAUGAAAACAUCUGCACUGUGAAAAAAGCUUUGUUUUGUACAUCAGGUAUUGCAAGUUGUAUUCCUGUGCCUGUUGCCGGCAAAAUCAUUUCUCAGGUUCACACUCCAGCUGAUGUUUGUCAAAACAAAUCAGGUAUUUGCCUUACAUCAGAAACUGGUCCAAGAAAAAGCAGAGACUCGGAACACAAUAUAACUGUAGCAUCCAGUGCAGUUAUCAGUAUAACAAAACCCACAAACUCAAUGCUAGAUCUUGGUCCUGUUUUACAAGGUAGUCAUAUUUCUCGUGAGACUGAGGUCCUGGACGUAGAACCUAGCAGUGUAAUUGAAGAGAGUAUCAGUUCAGAUCUAUCAUCUGGGAAGACAAGUUUUCAAAACUUCUCUGGAAGUAUGGUGGACAUGAUCGUAAAUGAAGCCUAUGAACUCAUGACUUCUUCCAAAGUGAAGAAAACGGUGGGAGAGUGUGCAGAGUUUCUGAGCAAGAAAAUUGUAGAUAGAAUACCUUCAGUCAGUCCAUUACAUUCGAUUCCAUCACAGAACCCAAGCACUGAAAAUUCAACAGACUGCAUCAAAAAGCACAAUGCUGACAAAGAAAAAACAAAGGCUUAUAACACCAGUGAACCUGACUCACUUCUGAGCUGUGGAGGAGGAAAGACAGAUCCAGUCAUGGUUUCCAUAGUUCAGAAUAACCCUAACAUAAAUUUGAAAUUGCAAGACACUAAAUGGAUUUGCUCAGGAGCUGAAGAUGACACUGCAUCAAAAUAUGCUGCUAAUCAAAAGAAAGAAAAGGUUAGUGAUCAGAUUUCUGUCUGUUCCGUGCAACCUCAGUUUAAUUCAGAAAUGAAAAGUAUAGCAAGAGACAGUGAACCAUGCUCUGCAAGUGUGCAACUUUCCAGUGGAGAAGCCUCUAGAAUUCACUAUUCAUUGAUGAGAGAUCACAUGGAGGUGUCUUGUCAUGAAGCUCCCAGACAGUGUGUCAGAAGGGUUGGACAGGCUGCCGAAGAGACACUGAAUAACAACGGUAGGAAACCCAACGUAUCCCCAGGCACUCCACCCCCAACUCCACAGCUGCCUCAGCUGGUCUCCCGGGAGCAAGAGUUCAGGCGGUUUUCCAAGAAACUCAAAGGCAAACUUGCCAAAGAAUUUUCUCCUGCUACACCUCCUUCAACACCCCAUUACCACCAUGCGGAAGGUGGUAGUGACACAGAGAAGGCAGAUUUUAUGUUGAAACUGAUGAGGUCUCUCUCAGAUGAGGUGGAAGGCAUUGAGGACGAAGAAGAGGAUGCAGAAGCUGAAGAUGACCAAUUGGUAGCACACACUGGAACCUGCCAGAGAGAGAGAAGUCCUUCUGUGGAAAAUGACCGAGAAGCAGAAGAAAAGGGUGCAAUACAUUAUGCAGACCACUUGGCUUGUCAUAUAGUUUCCAUGGCGACUGAGAUGGCUACAUUGUGUCUUGAGGAUGGAAGGAAGUUUGAAGAUUGUGAAAGCAAAGACCUUCCUUUGUACAGUGCUCUAAUAGGGCAAUUCUCUGAGCAGUCUUUAAACUCUCUUUGGACGUAUGCUGGGGAAAUGGCUGGGGAGGUCAUCAGUGAUGUGAAGAAAAUCCUGGGUUCUAGCCAGUGCAAGCACAGCACUUUAAAAAGGGUUAGAGAUAGCUUAUCUGAGUGUCAUCAGCUAGGAGGCCAUAGGGACUAUAGGUUAAGCAGCAUGACAGGCCAAGUAUCUGGUGACCUCUUGAAUUCGGGGCUCAGUUUUCGGCAAAGUAGCAGUGCAAGUGGACUUACAUCUAAGUAUCCGAGCUGCGAGAGUGUGACAGAUGAGUAUGCAGGGUACCUUAUUAGGGUACUAAAAAGAGAAGGUGGGAACACUGAGCUCAUUUUGGACCAGUAUGCCAGUAGACUUGCUUACAGAUCUAUCAAAUCUGGGUUGGCCCAGGCUGCAAGGAAGAUAAAGCAGAGAUGUAACCUGAGACUGUAUUCUACUAGAAGGUCACAUCAUGAAAAUGUUAACGAGUUUCUGAGGGUGCUUACCACAGAGCAGGCAUCCAUAGAUGCUAGGAGGAAAGUAGACAGUUUCAGUAAUGCCCCUCAAUGCAAGUGCCAGCCAAUUGAAGGAAUGAGCAGGAGGGACUACAUGGAGCUUGUUGGCUUUGCAGAGUCUCUGGCCUAUAACAUAACUUGUGACGUCACAAGAAAACUUCGAUCAUCUGCUGUUAGGCUGCCCAAAUCCCUUACAGAUUCCUGCCUCUACAAAAAGUCCAGAUUGGAAGACAUGGCAGAGGACCUCAUCAAAACCACAUUUUCGUGUUCUCUCCUGCCUUACACUGAAAACAGCAAACAGUACCAUAGCACUGGCAGUUUAAAUGAUGGUAAUUGCAGCGAUAGUGUUAUGCAAGUCAUUGAACACUAUGCGAGAAAAAUAGUUGAUGAUACCUUAGAGAUGACCAUGGCUUCAGUCCACCAUCAGUCAGAGGAAGACAAAAGAAAGACGGAUAGGGAUAUGUAUGCUGGAAAAUUAUCUGAAACUGCGCUGAAUUCAGCUCUUGCUAGCAAAACCUGUCGAUACUGUGCUGUCCGAGAACACCCUUAUUAUUUCGGUACUCACUGUAGCAAUGCUGCCAAGCAGCAUUUCCAGGAAAUCCACAGGAGGAGGAGGCGGGAAAGUGAUGCAAAGACUGAAAACUGUUGCAGUAGGAUGAGGGGAUGUAGUCUUGGAAUCCCUAGGAUACAUAUCGACUUGGAUCAGAAAGCUGUUUUUGCUGAAGAAAUGGUGUCAUCCGCUAUUGAGAGAGCCAGGAGAGAGCUGAGCAGCACGAGCCUGACAGCAGACAGUGGGAUUGGCCAUGAUGGCGCAAGCUUUGCUGAGAGCCUCACCACAGAAAUACUGACUUCCGCAAUGUCUAAUGUCUGCCAGACCAUUAAUAUAAGUGCUGCGGGUAAAGAAGGAUUCCACACGUCUGAAUCCACCGUUAGCCAACAGCUCAGUCUUAGUGUUGGGGAUGACAGCACUGGGAGCUGGUCCAACCUCAGCUUCGAAGAUGAACACCCCGAUGAGAACAGCAGUUUUCUGCAUUUAAGUGACAGUAAUGGUAACAGCAGUAGCUGGAGCAGUCUGGGGUUAGAAGGAGAUAUUUAUGAGGAGAAUUUAUCCUAUUCACCAUCAGACAGUGAUGGAACUGAAGACAAAGAGACGGAACCCAAGGAGGAUUCAGAUGGCCUUCUGCAUGUUGAAAAGGGUCUGUUGGUGGUCAAUACAGAUGUAAGAGGACAAUGUUUAGAUCCCCAGAUAAGGACAGUCUUGCAGUGGAUAGCGGUUUCACACUCUGAACUCCCAGUGCUGCAGUUUGGCCAGCCUACUGAAAAAGAAUUGCAGUUUUUGCCAUUAGUGAUAAAGAAGGUCAAGGAGAGGGAGUGGAAGUUGGGAGACCUCCUGCAGUCUGUUCUGAGAUAUUGUGAAGAAAUGGAUCAUGAGACUACAGGGGAUAAACCUUUCUUUCAGUGGCUGCUAGAUCCAUAAAUCCAUGUUCUGGGAGAAGCCUAGAAUGGAUGCUUUUAUAAAUAAAAAUUGUGGUGUGAAACAGUAUUUGAAACUAUCAUGUAAGACAUUAACUCACUGGGCAGUCACCAUACAGUGCUGUGCAUUUUGCCAAAGUAGAGACAUGCAGUAGUCAAUGGAAUGUUACUGUUGUAAUAGGUAUUGCUUUUACACCUACAUAGUACUUGCACAGAAGGCACAGCCUUCGAAACCACUGCUGUUUGCUUUCAGUGAUGUGUGUGUGCACCGUACGCGUGACUGAAGGUGCUUUUAUCAUACCAUGCAUAUCUACAUCAGUAUAUUAUACAUUUGUGGCCAUUUGUGCAUUAUAGAUCUACACCUUGUUCUUGUAUUGGAAAAGCAAUGAGUGACAGCAUGUGAAAAGUCAUGGAAACUCCAUUUCUUAAGUAGAAAGUAUACUAACACCCCUCCAUGGUAUUGUUCUAACAUGUUAGGGCUUCGGGCUUUUAUUUCCACUUCUCAUUUGGAGCUGCAGCAAGCAGUUUUUUUCUGCUGUGUUAGAAAUUUUGUGUUUGAAGGACUUAUAUUUCAAACGCACUGGGAAAAUAUUUGGUCGUAUACAUUACCAAUGAUUCACGUUUCAAUGAGUGAGAAGGUCAUUUAUUUUUUAUUCAUCUGAGAAUGCAUCUGCACAGGUUCAGCAAGGAAGAAUGAAGUGUGCAGUUAGAACAUUUAAAGUUAAUGUCAGUUUUACUUAGCCACAAAUACUUCAAUUUGAUCUGCAGGAUAUUAUAAAUAUGUACUGUACAUUAUUACAUGCUUUAAAACAGUCUGUAUAGUAUUUCCUGUGCAUAUGGCAAUAAGAAGACUUACAUUAACCCUA